CAAAUGAAAACAUUAAGUUAAAUUCUUGAACAAACAAGUUAUUUAAAGAGGGAAGAGGGGAAGAACAAUAUUUGCUAAGGGCUUGGUAUGUGCCAAGCACUGGGUGCUUUGAUGAAUUAUCUCCCAGGUGACCCAGCAGGAGGACAAAGAGACGAAGUACAGACUUAGGAGAACUGAAGAACAUGCCCCAGCCUACAAGGUUAAUGAACACUGGGGCAGAAACGUAAUCCCUGGUUUAACUGGACCCAAAGCCCGCACUACUAUUUUCUCUGACAGUUUUGGACAUCACCCUCCCUCAGACUGACUGGUGUGUAAUGGUUAAUAGGUUUGGAAAACUGCUGAUUAAAUACUGGAAUAUUGAAGCAGAGAGUAACAUGUAAAAUUUGAAAGACGGUUUUGGAUAAAUGCUAGAAAAUGCCACUAGUGUAGUAAAAUUAUGCAACAUAUUAACUAGAGAGGUUUAUCAGGCUGAAAAUAAAAAUAGGCUAAUGAAGGGUUUUAAUUUAUAAACACAGAUCAUUCAGUAUGUUUUUCAAGGGAGGUCAAUCCACUCUCUAACUUUUCAGAACAAUUUCAUAAAAGUUAAAAGCUCCAGAACCAGAGAGAGGUUAACACACUAGAAUGGAUGAAUCAAUCCAGCACUUCUUGGAAUAGUGACUGAAGUCUAUGUUGUGUUAGUCAUUUCCAAACCCAUGAGCAUCAGAUGCCCAGGUACUAGGGGGCUAGAAAAGGUCUUCAAGUUCACACACAUACCAAGCACUGACUACAGACACACAAACACACACACACAAAAGUAUAUAUAAAUUUGGGGGUGCUUUUAGAUGCUAUGAUGAUGGAAAAAAUACACAAUAAUACUAGAAGUGCUACUAAAUUCAGAUUGAGAAUAACUUUCCGUAAAUGACAAAAUAUAAUCAACAGGUGCCAAGAGUACAAACAGUACAGUGGGAAGAUUUUUCACUCUUUUCGGUGGCCCAGCACCCUCUUCCUGGUAGAAGACAAAGCCUGGGGAAGCAGCUUUCCCUGCCUUUCUUGCAGCUAAGGCACUGGCACAUGACCUAAGCUCAGAAACACUCGCCUGAGACCUGAAAGGAGGAGCUAGUGACCCAGAGAAGUGGGGACAUGAGGCUCGUUCUCUGGGGAGGCGGAGCAGUGGCGUGAGACCAAGCAGCUGGGGCAGCGUUGAGCGGUACCACCGACAGGCUUUGGUCCAGCCGCAGCAUCUAGUGCUUGGCGGCAGCAGUGUGCUCUUAGGAUCAGUUUUAUACUAUGUUUUGGGGCAUGUGUCUUGUGUGCAGACCCCCAUACACGAUUCUCCAGUCCUCCCAGUGACUCGCUGAGCUACCCCAAAUCCUUUCAAUAAAUUACCCUUUGCUUAAGUCAGCCCAAGUCAUUUUCCGUUGCUUACAAAGAACCUGACUGAUGAAGCUCUCAAGGGGCUGGGGAUGACAGAGAUUCCACACAUUUGUUUCACAGCACAAUAAAAUGGGUCACACAAAACUGGGGCACAGCUAGUUAAUGGUACACAACUUAUUUCUUCGUUGUACUCUGAUGUACUGUUCACUAAUUCUGCUCUUGUCUACGUGAAGACACUUCCUUCUGCUUCUCCUCCAUUUCCAGAAGUUACUGGCCCAGCACUGAGCACAAAUUAGAUGCUUCAAGACCAGUGACUGAACUGCUCUAGAAAUUUAAAGUACGAAUUAUCCGUCAAAGAACACAUCCUGGGAAUAUGCACCACAUGUAAAUCAAAAUCUCACUCAAAAUAUCUAACACUUUCGAGGAUUUGUAAAAUCCAAGAAAAAUGUGAACAUAUGAACAUUUAGAAAUGUGCUCUAGGCUAAAAUCUCAACUUUAAAUGGUGAAACUGGAUUACAAACAAUCUUUACACAAUCUCAAAAAGUUCCCGAUUAUGGUUCCUUAAUAAGAGUUCCUCUCUUUGGUUCUUCCUUUCUUUAAAAAAAGCCAACUCUCUUCAAAUACGCAAUCCCACCAACCACCUCACACAUACACACAGAAAUGGAGACUGUGAACAGAGGCAAAAUCAUUCUCGGUCUGGAACUCAAUCUGAUUCUAUUUCAUGUCGGUGCCGCGGGCAACUGCACCGUCUCGGUGGUUCAACCACCUUCCCUUGAAGUGGACUACACUCAAAGAGCUGUGACCAUGCACUGCUCCUUCUCCACAGCGGGGUGCCCUGCAGAGCAACCAACAAGCCUGUGGUUUCGCUACGGCGCUCUCCAGCCCGAGAACCUGUGCUUGGAUGGAUGCAGAAAUGAGACAGACAAAUUCACACUUGUGAAUCUGGCACAAAACCAAGUUUCCCUCACUGUAAACAGGCUGACUUUCAAUGACAGUGCAAUCUACAUCUGUGGAAUAGCCUUUCCCAGUUCAAAGGAACCGAGAGCUAAGCGGACGGGAGGAGGGACUGUGCUGGUGGUAAGAGAGACAAAGGUUCUCAGCAAGGAACUGCAGAGUCUCCUGGCGGCCCUCUUAUCACUGCUCUCUAUGUACGUUACUGGUGUAUUCGUGUUCUUCAUCGUCCUCACCAAAUCAAAAUCUAACACUCUAAGAAAGAAAGAAACAGAAGAUUCACAAAAGAAAAAGAGUGCUCGGCGUAUUUUCCAGGAAAUUGCUCAAGAACUAUAUAAUAAGAGACACAUGGAAACAAGCCAACAACCUCAGGAGAAAGACAACACUUAUGAAAAUAGAAGAGCACUUUCUAACUAUGAAAGACCAUAGAAAUCUUCUGAUUUUCAAUUAAGUCACUGAAAAUCCAACUCCAGAAGUUAUGGAAGUGUUAAUGGACACACACUGAUCAGGGUUUUUUAAAAACCAAUAUAAAGUAAACGGAAAAGUCAACUGGCUACAAGAAGGAUGCCAGAGUAUAAGGAAACUAUUACUAAGAGUAAUUAUCACAAUACUAAAACCCAACAAAAUGCAACUGAAAAAUACUUUCCUAAUUUGCUAGGAGAAUUCUAAGCAGUCAAACAUCCUCAAAAACUUUCAAUUAUAGCAUAUAUCCUAUAUUUGUUUCAUUCAACAUAUGAGGUGCACCACAUGAUGACUGUUACCCUGAAGAAGAUUUGAAGACACACCAUGUGCCUCAGUCUUGCGUGGAAGAAUUGUCUUUACGGUGUGUAGAAGUGAUGGGCCAAUUAGACUAAGUUGGCAGGGAAGGAGGAUGGAGGGAGGAAAGAGAGUGGCAAAAUUUGAGUUAGAAAAAAUCAUCUUGAAAAGUAUUUUGUAGCAAAAAUUAUUUCCUCUGGUAUUGCAAUGGGGCAAUGGUACAGUGCACGUUUUCCUACCAGGGUAUGCAAAGUAACUUACAUCAUGCUACCAACAAAAAGUGAGACCAGAAUAGAAUAUAGAGUAAGAAUACAAUAACUAAAAUACAGAAAAUCCAAAGCAGAAGGUUCAACCAGAAAAAAACCUCAGAACAAAUAAGCCACAUCCGACUCUAGAUGUCAGUCUCGUGCCAAACAACAGCACCAGGGAAGGAUUCGGCAAUGCACUGUUCCUGACAAUGCCCUUGCAAUACUGAUUUUUUUUUCUCUUUUAAUAAGUCAUUGUAUUACACACACACACACACAAAUAUACAUAUGUGCACACACAUACACACUUAUACAAACCUACACUUCACACAUAGUUGGGAUCAUACUAAGUAUAUAGUUUUGUAUUGUACAUUGCAAUGUUGAUUUUUAACCAACUUAGGAGGGAAAUGUUAGGUAAGGGACUGGGUAUACAGCAAGGAUGUUCAUGGCACUCAUUACCGUCUCACUAAGAAAACAUGUUAUGAAUUGUUCUCUGAAAGUUACUUCUGUGUAAAAAAAAUCUAUUUAAAGUACCUACAAGUAUAUGUUCAUUACUAAACAUGAAUUACAACCUAACGUUUAUUUCAUUAAAGUGCUUCUCUUAAGCUGGUAUAAAAUGAGAUGUAUUCUUAUUUUUAAAACCCAGAUCAAAUUUUAGAAUAUUUUAAGAUCCCUUGAAAGCGUUUUGUACUAAUGGUUUAAAUCAGUAAUCUCUAACCUUUCUAAUCACAUGUGCCAGGAAAAAUAGGAAGGGGAGAGAGGGGAGCGCAUAACCUCACUUUAUUUGUGUGUAGGAUGUAUAUACGUGUGAGUGCAUGUGUGUGAUUUAUAUACUGUAUGCAUAUACACUUAUGUGUGUAUAUGUGUAUACACAAAAAUAGAAAUUAAACAAUGGGCAUUAAAAGUAAUAUAAAUAAAAAUGUUAAUAUUUUCUUCCUAUAUCCCAAAAUAAAUUGUCUUGUGUACUCCCUCCACUUUGAGACCACUGGCCUGGCUGAAAUAAAUGAACUUCUAAACCAGAUGGCAAAAAAGGUAACCACUAACACCAUCUAGGUGAAUAGAAGAAGUGUUGGAUUCGAUCAUUUCCUUUUCAUUUCUGAGAGUCAUUACUUGGUACUUUCAGGGCUGAAAAUAUACUGUUCUUUGCGUAACUAACAAGGAAACAAAAUCCCUAAGACAAAUUCAUAGUUGAUUCAGAUUAAAUCUUUGCCAAUACAACCAAAGACUGUAUUUCAAAGAUUGAUUUUUAAGCUAAAAUUUGGAAUACACUUUUCCAAGUAGUUAUAUUCCCUGAGGUCAUAUAUGAGUGCCUGAUGUAUAUAUAAUAUUCAUUCUUUUAUCCAUCCAUGCAGCCAACAAUAUUUAUUGAGUGCUAUACUUAUUACGCAACCAAAGGCCUCUUUUGCAUGCUAUCCUUGGGUCUCACUGAACUUGUCCUCACCUGUGAACCCCACCUUGUUCACAUCUUCAUGCUUUUGCACAUGCCAUUCCCUCUGCCUGGUAAAAUGCUCCACAGAUACAAACAGGUCAAAUGUCACCUACAUGAAAACUUCCCUAGCAGUUAAUGGGUCUUUCCUUCUCUAAACCGAUAGUACUUUGUCAUGUUUCUUUUCAGACUAUCCUGCCAUUGUCUGUUUACAUCUUCUGAACUAUUCUGUAAGUAUUUUAAAACUAGAAGCACAUGUCUCAUUUCUUUUUAUUUCUACUGCCUAGCACUGCCUGGUACAUAGUAGGCUCUUAAAUGCCCUUAUAUGAAUGCAAUUGAACGAUGUUUCUAAAGGAAAAUAUUUUUUCAGCAUUUCACCUGAGAUAUGAAGCACACUUCACUCCCUAGCCAUUGAUCCUCACCCCCUUCAUAAGGACUGUUCACUGAAUCCCUAACAUUAAUUUUCCUGCUAUCUGAGCAUCCAGAAUUUUCACUGGAAAGCAUUAAGCUAUAGCUUUCUGUUUAGAUUUAUAUUUCCCAAGACAAUGAAAAGAAAGUAAUAUUAAAACAACUUGAAGAUGAAAAUGGACAGACAUGGUUCUAGUGUCUAUACACCCUACCCUCUAGACAAGAGCACUUAAACCCACAUACCAAACGGUGUAAACGAAAUUUUCAGAAUAAGUCGUUUCUUUCUCUCUGCUAUAUAAGACCUGAGAGAGUUUGAAGCCCUGGGCUAAUAGGCAUAUAGUUAAGUGUCUGUGGAGUCGAGUCACAUAAACCGAUGGAAAAGGUACAGAUUCUGAGACCAAGUUAAAAUGCAAAAACAUUGACAAAUACUUCAAAGUGAAGAACUGUGAACAAAUCUGAUCAAUGAAGCUACAAAUAAAAGCAAAGUAACAGAAUAGGAUGGAAUGAAAAAAAUCUAACAUGUAUCAAAUACCAAUACUGAGAUAGACAAGGUUGGGCACUAUCCUUUAAAUUACGUUAUUUAAUCUUCACAACAAACCUCAAGGUAGGUAUUAGCCCCAUUUUUACAGAUGAAACACUAAGCUUAAUGAGAGGCUCAGGUAAUAAGGGCUGACCCCUAUUUCAAAACAGGUCAGCUCUCAAAGCCCAUGCUCUUUCAACAAAGCAGUCUGGCCAGAGUCUUGCUUAUUUCUAUUUAGACUGAUGGGAACUUUAAGACUUAACAUGUCUAAUUUAAUCUGAACAAUGACCCUGAAAGAAAGUGAGAAAGUUGCCAAUGGCUACCUCUCAAAACCCACAGGCUUAGCUGGUUUCACAGGAGAAUUCUACCAAAUUUCCAAAAGCGGAUAACCAUAAUGCUAUUUAAACUGUUCCAGAGCAUUAGAAAGAACUUAGAAAUUAUUUUUUACAAAACCAGCAGAACAUUGAUACCAAAACAUGACAAAGAUAACAUCCUCCAAAUAAAAGAUCAGAUCAGACCAACUAUCAUUUUUCAAUAAUAUUAAUGCUAAUAUUUUUAUUUAGAGUUUUUGUAAAUACAAUCUAGUGGUGCAUACAAGACUAUUCCGCCUAAGCCCAGAGAUGCAAGAGUGGAUAUGUAUUAGAAAAGUACUAUUAAUUUAAUAAGCCAAUGGAGAAAAAACACUAUCUCUAUAGAUGUUGAAAACACAGGUGGCAAAUUCAACAUUGAUUCCUCAUUUUUUUUAAGCUCUUAAUAAAACAGGAUUUAAAAAAAAUAUGUAUCUCAAGCCAAACAGCAAUCUCAAGCCAAAAGACAGAAUCAUAUUUAAAGUAUUUUUUCAUCAAAGUAAAAAACAAAGCAAAAAUUUCCACCAUGUUUUUCUUUAACAUUUUCUGGAAAUAACUACAAAUUCACUUGCACCAAAAAAAAAAAAAAAGUCUAAAAAUGAGAAGGAAGUAUUAAAACCAUCUGCAGAUGCUAUAACUGUAUUAAAAAACCCCAAGAGAAUCAAUGCUGAAAACUAUUGGACACACUAAAAUAACCCAAUAAGGUAAAUGGUUACAAAACUGGUACACAGACACACACACACACACACACACAAAAAAACAACUGCUUGUCUGUGUAUGCAUAAUAUCCACUCUAUGAUGCGAGAGCCAUUUGAGACAACAUGGAUGAACCUGUAGGACAUUAUGCUAAGUGAAAUAAACUAGACACAGAAGGACAAAUACUAUAUGAUCUCACUUAUAUGUGGAACUGAAACAAGUCAAACUUGCAGAACCAGAUAAGAGAAUGUUGGUUGCCAGGAGCUGGUGGGUGGGGGAAAUAAGAAGAUGUUGGUCAGAGGAUACAAACUUUCAGUUAUAAGAUGAAUAAGUUCUGGGGAUCUAAUGUACGGCCUGGUGACCACAGUUAAUAAUACUGAACUGUAUACUUUAAAUUUGCUAAAAGAAUAGAUCUUAAGCAUUAUCACACACACACACACACACACACACACACACACAAGGUAACUAUGUGAGGUAAUGGAUGUGCUAAUUAACUUGAUUGCAGUAAUCAUUUCACAGUGUAUACGUACACUAAAUCAUCAUGUUGAACACCUUAAAUACAAAAAAUGUUUGUCAACUAUAUAAAGCUGGGAAAAUUUUUUAUUUUUUUAACCAUGAAGGAAGAAAAAUUCCUAUUUAUUAUAUCUCACACACACACCAUUAGAAUAAAUCUAACAAAACUUGUGCAGAACCUUUAUGAAGAAAAUUUUGUUACUAAUGAACAUAACUGAAUAAAUUGAAAGACAUCCUAUUAUUAGCUAAGAAGACUCAAUACUCCCUAAAUGAACCGAUAAAUUUAAUAUAGGGAAACUAGGCAAGUUAGUGCUAAAGUUGAUCUGUUAAAUAAAUAAGCCAAGAAAAAUCUAAGAGAAACUGAUUAAGAAAGACUAGUGCUAUGAUACUAACAAGUAUGAUAAAGCUACAGUAAUUAAAAUAGUUUGGUAUUGGCACACAUAUAGAAGGAUAAAUCUUAAGAGAACAGAACCAAACACAUAUAGGACUUUAGUCUAUGAUUUAGGUGGCAUUUCAAAGCAUUGGGGAAAAGAUGAUUACUCAAUAAAUGGUGUUAGGAUCACAGUGUAGCUAUUUGGAAAACUCACUCUUUAACAAGCAGUUCCACUCCUAGAAAUGUAUCGUCCAGAUAACCAUAAACCUUACUUCCUUCAGCCUUUUCCCUACAUCACCCUCUAAGAGAGGCCCUUCCCUGAGCACCCUCUUUAAAAUUAUAGCACCCAAACCCAGCCCCCAAUUCCAAGAAGCCCGUUUUGCUUUUAUUGCUUAUUUUUCUCCAUAACUCUUAUCACCAACAACAUGCCAUUUGUUUACGGUCUGUCUUCCUCAUUAGAACAUAAGCUCCAUGAGGACAAGGAUAUUUGCAUGUUUUUCGCUCAUUUAUCUCCAGCAUCACUCAGUAAACACUUUUUAAAUGAUAAAGAUAUUCUGUGGCAUAAGAGUAUCCCUUCCACCUUCACUGCAAGCUCAGUCUCACAGUGUAAAUAUGCUCAGGGCAGACUCCCUCCCCAGACCUGCAUCACAAUUGUCCUGACCUGCCUGCCAGUUGCUGAUUGGGCAGGGCAUGUGCCCCCAUCCUUGCCGAUGGGAAAAAGUGAGAUGUGCCAGGGAGAUUUCUGGAAAAGUUUUCCAUCACUUUAGAAAAAAAAAAAGUAUGGGAGAAAAUGCCUCUUUCUUUCCAAGACUCUGUCAUGCCUACACAUGAUGCUUGGCGCUGCAUCAGCCAUUUUGUAAUUGCGAGGGGAAUGUCAACACACUGAAGAUGAAGAAAUGAAAGCAAGUUCUGAACUUCAGUGGACGCUUCCAUCACUGAAUUAACCAACCUUGGGAUCACUUUUCCAAAAUAAACUCUUAAUUUUUAAAAGCUACUUUUAGUUGCUCUUUCUGUUUCUUGAAGCAGAAAACAUCCUGAUACCUACUUACACGUGUGCAAAAAGACUUGCCUAAGAAUGUUCAUUUCACUUGUAAAUAUUUAUAAAGCAAACUGCUGGUAUCUAAAAGUAAUAAGUCAACAGAGGCCUCCUCUAGUAAAGUUACCAAAUGCCCAGCAGUGUGCUGGUAAAGGUUUACCAAUCAGCUAGAAGAAGGGAGAGACUAUUUGUAGAGUUUGCCAAUUUCCAUGGUGUAAGUACUCCCAUUGAGGUCAAUUUCAAUAAUGGCCCAGUUUAACAACCAGUUCACUAAAUUCCUGCCAAGGUAACAAUCAGCUCUCCUGAGCCAGUAAAACCAGCUCCAGCACACCACUGCUUACACGUAGACAAGGAUGUAGAUACUUACGUGCUAGUAAGGAAUAAUUUCCUAGACAUACUUAAGUGGAAAAGGGCAAUGAAACUAUUUAUAAUGGGCUUUAAUUAUACAAUCAAUUUUUUCAUGUUCACACAUAUUUGCAUAGACUAUCUUUAGAAAAAUAUUCAAGAAACCUGAACAAGAUUGUGUAACGAGUGGAUGAGAAACCUCAUUUUAUACUCUCUUGCAAGCUGCUUGAACUCUUUUUUACCAUGAAUUACCUUUUCAUAAAAAUUACAAUUUUGAAAAAUUAAACAUCACUAAAUUUUCAUUUUUGCAAAAUAAGUCUCCUUUUCUUGAUUACAUACUUUGCCCCUUUUUGAUGCUUAAAACAAUUCUCACUAGAUUUAAUAACCUCCAACCAGAACUGGGUCAGUAAACCAAACAAACUGAAAUUAGAAAGAUACAUUUUGCAUUUUUUUCCCUAAAUUAACCUAAGCAACAAAAUUGCUGUGGUUCAACUUCAAGACAAAUCAAAAAAAUUACACAAGUAAUCAUUUCAUCUACAACUGCUUUUGUUAAAAAAUAAAUUGAGCCAAGUGUGAAAAGUACACUCACAUAUCCUUAAACCAGCCCCAUAUACAUGAACUCACAGCAAGAUCACUUUGCACCUCCUGGGUCUUCACACAGUGUCACAAGGAAAUCAUCAGGAUCUAAUUAGUGACUUAGAGAAAGGAAGCAAUAAUAGAGUGCCACAAGCAGUCUACAAAACUUAUAGGUCACUAAAGGUCACCCACAGCAACAAGGCUCCGCCUCUCAGGUUUGCUAUGUGUCACACACCAGACUCCUUGGAUUCAACAGGCAACUGUGCAACCACAAUCAAGGAGCUUGUUUUCAGUCCUUACUAGAGACAGCCCUCUUGUCCAGUUUAACUUCUUUUCAAUUUUUAGUGUCAGAAACACAAGGAAAUAAAAUUCAUGGUUAGAUUGAUGUUUUUUCCCUUGCUCUUCCACCUCCUGCUAUGCCAGGAAGUAGCAUUAAAGUUCCAUCGUGUGGUUGCCCAACAGGACACAGGAAGCCUGGACCUUACAACCUGAUGACUAGUGAUUGCAAUGCAGUGAGAUGGAGCCAAGGUUUAGUUACACAGGGAACAGCGCUGAAACAAGGUCAGGCUGCUAAAUUACCAAGGACAACAUUUACCAGGUUUUCCCCUAUACAACACAUAUAUCCGCUAUAUGGGCACUCACACAUUAAAACAGUUUUUUUCUUUACCAUGACAAAAGGAUUCAACACAGGAAUGUAAAAAUGGAGAAGUUAGAUGGGGGAGGGGACAUCUAUUCUAUCUAUUCUCCUUCCCACCCUCCUAUGUCUAAAGAAUUCUCCAGGGCUUCC